UCCUGAAGAUACUCCUGAAAUGGAUUCUCAGCAGCUUCCACAACCGGUACAACAGUACGAGUCUAGGAAUCAACACUGGAACACGGCGCGACAAGCAUUACGAUCGAAAGCACUUCCAGUGUCAUCCUCCAAGCCUCCAUCGCCUGAAACGGGUGUGACUGAUCAUGUAGCCCCUGAUCUUCAGCAAGGAAUGGCCACAACAGAAUCAGCUGAAACAUGGAGGAUGGAUCAAGCAGAUGUUCAACCACCGUACGAAAAUACUCAGCCAAACACUGUCACACAGAUUGAUGAACCAAAUGCUACGUAUUCGGAAUACGGGGGAGAAGCGAGUGAUGCUUACUACCAAACGGAACCUGCUGCAACUACUGCUGUCCAAGACGGUGGGGAACUUAAUCCCUCUUCCACCGAUCAAGCAUACAUUAACGGUGCCAUGGGUCAACCAGUAGAGUACCAACAAGACGAUGGACAACAAUCAGCUGCCUAUCAGUAUGGGAACAGUCAGGAUCCUGUUGCUUAUCAGGAAGGUCAGUAUGUCGAAGGAGAAACUGCGGGCGAGUCACAGUAUCAGUAUCAAGAAGGGGUUGAUCAAACGGGCAACGUGUAUGCGACGCAGGAGCAAUAUCAGGAUCCGAAUCAGCAGUAUCAGUAUGAUCAAAACGCACAGUACUAUAGCGAUCAACAAGCUUACGAUGCACAGUACUACAACCAAGAUCCACAGCAACAGGAACAGCAACAGCAACAGCAGCAGCAGUACUAUAUGGAUGAGUCAAACCAACAGCAGAUGGAUCAAAAUCAAGCAGAACAGCUCAAACCGAUGGACCAAUUUGUUUCUCCAGAACAAAACGACCAACCAUACUACCCAUCUGAUGGACAGUACGAACCUAACGCUAAAAAUGCUGAACCAACUCUACCAAACCCACCUGAGGGGGGUGAUGUGACGGUCCCCAGCUCCCUAGAACCACCAUUGGCCAAUGCACAAACGAUUGAGACACCGGCCGUUAUCGAUGCCACGUUGCCGAAAGACAAACAGGAGAAGAAAGCUUCCGACGCUAUAGUGCAACAGGCCACUCUCGAGCAAAAACCCUCCAGAAAGGAGGGAGCCGAUCCGGAAUCCGAUGCGCCAACGCUGAGCACCGUCAACGAUGAGAGUGAUUUUGAUUUCUCCUCCCAGUGAUAAGCACGCGGAUCGUGUUUGCUCAGAGUUUUAGCCGCUAAUUGAUGAUAGAAACCUAUCCUGAUUGUUUUGUGCAGCAAAGCCCUUGGUCUAUAGAAACAUGUGGGCUUUCGUUCGGAGCUCGUGCGCUCAAGUACGUCGUUUCCUUUGCACCCAUGAUAAAACACUUCAAUCUUUAAUACGCACCCUUUGGAGCACGCGCUUUCGCGGUCCAACAUUUAACGGACGGUCCGCUUUAUUACGGCACGCUGUUGGGCGGGAUGCGUAUAGUCAUGUUGUGGUUAGUGCUGUGUUCAGUGUACCUGGUGAUCGUUCCGGUAGUAACGGCCAAUGGCCGACUAUCCAACAACACGCUGCCAUUGCAUUAUGAUCUGCACCUAGAGGCGACGGGUCUAGGGCUGCACGAUUACACCUACCGGGGCAACGUGUCGAUACGGAUUGCCAUCGUUAGUGAUACGAACGAAGUGGUUCUACACAAUGUCGGCAAUAGGUUAAAGUCGAUUUGCUUACGAAGAUGUCGUGAUGGGGAAGCAAUAUCGCACCAGUUGCUAGAGAGCGAACCGGCAAGUGAACUGUUGCGCAUUCGUACCGAUCGAAUCUUGCGCCGAGCGGAUGAUCAGGUGAUUACGCUAACGAUCGUGUUCCACAACACGCUCGGUGAGGAUAGGAUGGGCUUCUACCGCACGCAGUACCGUGGGGCCAAGCGCAUUCCCAUGGCGGUAGCUACGACACACUUUCAGCCGAGCUAUGCCCGCCUAGCAUUUCCGUGUUUCGAUGAGCCGGGCUUUAAAACCACCUUCCAGAUAACGAUCGUCGCGAACGGUAGCCAUUUGGUAGCUUCCAAUGCACCGAUCGCAACGGUUACCUGGCUGCAGGACGGUCACAAGGCGGUACGGUUCGAGCGUACUCCUCCAAUGCAAACGUACCUCGUAACGUUUCUGAUCGCAAACUUUACGUCCGUCCACACGGUAAGUCCUUCUGGAGUGGAGAUCGGUAUACUGGCCCCGCCGAAGGAUGAGAAAUCGCUCCAAUUCAGCCUGCAGGCGGCAACGACACUGCUCUCGAGCUUGGAAGAGUACACCGGACAAAGCUUGGGCCUGCAGAAGCUAGAUCAUGUCGCCAUUCCACGGUUCGGCAAUGCCAUGGAAAACUGGGGCCUGGUCGCGUACGAUGAACAGUUUCUGGUGCUUUCUGCGAAAGCUCACCGUCUGCAGCGCGCCCAAGCAGUGCUAACCAUCGGACACGAAACGGCGCACCAGCUGUUUGGCAAUCUGGUAGGCCCUGCGUGGUGGUCCUACCUAUGGCUAAGCGAAGGUUUUGCAACCUACUUUGAGCUCCUGCUGGGAGCCGACGCAUACCCGGAGCUACUACCGCUGGAGGAAUCGUUCGCCGUGCGGCACAUGCAUCCAGCACUGAUGGCGGAUGCGUACGAACAGCAUCCCCUUACGGUGGAACCACUUUCGGCCAAUACGCCCGAAAUCGAGACACUGUUUGAUACGAUCACGUACAGCAAGGCGGGCUGCAUUCUGAGGAUGAUUAACUGUUCCAUCGGGGAGGAAGCGUUUCAAGCGGGCGUCCAGAACUAUCUCGAACAGCACCGGAAUGGUAUCGUAACGCCGGAAGAUCUGUACGCGAGUUUCUUCGUGCAGCAGCGGAAGGACACACCGACGGUCGAGCAAAUGUUCCGCAGCUGGGUAGACAAACCAGGUUAUCCGGUGGUGACGGUUGAGCGUCUGAACGGUUCUUUCGUGCGGUUUCGGCAGCAGCGUUACCACAACCAGGAAGUGACCAUCCAGGAUAUUACCUCGCGAUGGUUCAUACCGAUCACGUACUACACCAACAGCAGCCUGGGGCAGUAUGAGUAUCAGCCUGCGUUUUGGAUGAAAGAAACCGACCAGGAGCUGGUGCUCCAACUGAAAAUGAACACGCAGGAUGUUCUGGUGGUGAAUCCGCGCCAGAUCGGGUUCUACCGGGUGGAGUACGACGAGCGAGGUUGGAGCAGUAUCGUGGACAACCUUACCACCCUACCGUCCAUCAUGCAGGCAAAGCUGAUCGAUGACGCGUUCGUGCUGGCACGGGCCGGUCUCGUCGGGUACGAGCUCUGUUUGGAGAUGCUGCAGGAGCUCGCCACAAGCCCCGACCCGGUACCCUGGUUGAUUGCGAUGGCGGAAGAGAACAUUGGCUACCUGCAGCGGGUCCUGCAGUCGGCAGAGUUUGAUCGCUUUUUGACAGGAUUUGUGGGCGAAAUGUUUGAUCUUGCCGGGAACGUGGGUCGCACGUUGCUCCAAUCCCAAGCGCUGGACGUGGCCUACGAUUGGUGGUCUCGCUUAGCAGCAAGCUUUAUCGAGAGCAAACGUGAAUCCAGCAUUCGUCCACGUGCCUGCCUGCCAACACCCGUGCAGGAGGUAGUGCAGGCAUUGGUUUCGCCCGACGAUCAUGUACGGGAGCGUCUUUUCGUCCGAUUAAAGUGUCUGCCGAAACAGUCGAACGAACCGUCUGUGUUGCUGCUAGCAUUGGAACGAAUUCGAGCAGCGAAUCUGCUUACCCCCGGCAAACUGUUUGCCGUGCUGGAGAGUUUGAUUAAAUCCGACCCGGGGCGGUUUCUGCCACCGAGCGUGCAGUUUCUUUCCAGCGUACCGCCGGAGGAGGCCGGCCCGGUAGCGGACCGCUUCCAGCGCUUGUUAAAUCUUAUCGUGCACGAGGUCACUGACCGUCGCCAGGCGGCGCAAGUUCGGAAGCUGAUGGUGAAAAAUUCGUCCAUCCUGCCGGCGAACUUCCUGCCGCACGCCAGCACCGUGAUGACGUCAACUAUCAGCUGGCGCAUGAAGCAGGUGCCGAAGUUAAGGGAGUUUGUGCACGAUUCCCAUAUGGCCAGCAUUUACGAGCGGGAAGGGCACCAAUAGGGCCAGAUUUUAUGUAGGGUAAGUUGGAGGGGUUGGAGGGGAAGGUAUGGGUGGGCAGGUGAAUUAAUGAAGUGUGUUUUGUGCUCCUAAAAUGGGAAUGCUGUGGAUAGGGCGCGCUGUAGGACAGUGCGUACGUGAAAUGGGGGAAUAGUUUUGUAACACAAACGCGGAAAUUAUUUGUGUAAAGCUAAGCGAGUUUAGUAAAUUUAGUUUGUUUUUUUUUUUUAUGAAAUAAAAUGGAUUUAAAAAUUGUAAUUAAAUGAGUUGAACUAAGCUAAAAAAAAUUGCA